CGUCAGACUGCAGGAGAAGCUAGCGUGUGAGCUUAGCGAGGCUAUGUGAAGGCUGCCUUGUGACUGACUGCUCAGAACUCUCCGAGCUCUUGUGGGGAUUUGUAGUUGUGUGUUCUCGUCAGGUCCAGUGACUUGCCUCUUAGCAAAAUGAUUUUGGAAACUGGAGCAGCGGUGGCGGCGGCUGUGGUUCUGGGCACAAGGUUGGCCUACAGGUCCCAAGCCGGCAGGUGCUCCUCCACAAGACACCUCUUGGGGAAAACUGUCAUUGUCACAGGCGCCUCUGCUGGCAUCGGGAAAGAGGCGGUGUAUGACUUGGCCAGAAGAGGCGCACGCAUCAUCCUCGCCUGCAGGAACACAGAGAAGGGCCAGAAGGUUGCAGACGAAGUCAUGAGAACUACACGCAACAGGAAGAUGGAAGUGCGUCAGUUGGACACUUCCGACCUGACCUCGGUCAGGGAGUUUGCUGAAGGCGUCCUGGCCACGGAGAAGAGUCUACAUGUCUUGAUGAACAACGCAGGAACGCUGGGCAUGGCUGAGAAACGCACCACAGCAGAUGGUCUGGAGCUGACUAUGGCCACCAACUACUUUAGUCACUUCCUUCUCACCAACAUGGUCUUGGGCCUACUGAAGGCUAGUGCUCCAAGCCGGAUCGUCAAUGUAACGUCAAACCAACACCUCGCGUGCAAGUUGCUUAAUCCGGACGACCUUAACUACCAGGUGAGAGCUUACCCUGGAUUUGAAGCCUCUUACAACGACAGCAAGCUCGCCAAUGUCCUCUUCACUGUGGAACUUUCUCGCAAGCUGUAUGGCUCAGGUGUGACCGCGAACAGCGUUCACCCGGGGAUUGUGUCCACGGAGAUCAUGCACAAGGAGGGAGGACCCUGGUUCUUGCGCUACUUCGCCGCUUGGCCCAUCUGGCUUAUGGGAAAAGAUGCGAAACUUGCUGCCGAGACGCUGAUUCACCUGGCAGUGUCAGAGGAGGUAGACGGUGUCAGUGGGAAGUACUUCGUUGACUGUAAGGAAAGCAAAACCAACGACUUGGCCAAGGACUCGGAGCUGGUUAAGAAGUUGUGGGACGUCAGCGAGCGGCUGGUGAAACUUAAACCAGAAGAGAAACAUUACUAGUUGCCCUUCACCACCUGGACCAGACUCCUCCAGCCACAACCUGGCACGAACCGUAGAUUGGCUUGACCUGUAGUAGAUAUUAUUGUAUUUCAUUUAUUUUAGCUAUAGUAACUUAUUUAUUCGAGGGUAUUAUGCAAUUGAAUACUAAUAAAAUUUAUCGUCCAAA